GCCGACCUCUCCAAGAUGGCGGCCGGGAGGCAGUCUCGCGCAGGCGCGCUGCGGCGGGCAGCCAUGGCCGCGAUUUUGAAGCUGGAGCGGGUGGCCCAGGCGCUUGAGCUGCUGUUGGGGAGGCCCGCCGGCGUCGCGGCGGAUCUGGCCACUCUCCCGGCAGCAAAUCGCACGGCUUUGCUGGAAACAUUGAGGUCCAACUUGGCUGCCGUGGAGGAGAAGUUGGAGCGGGAUGCGGAGUGGAGCGAGCUGCGGCGCGUGCGGGCUGACGUGGCGAGCCGGGCGACAUGGCUGGGCGGUUCUGCCGAUGUGACCUGGGAAUUUGCGUCCCAAGUGCUGUUGUUGCUGCUGUGCCUGAAAGAGUGCAUGGUCCUCUUGGCUGCCACUUACAGCCCGGCUCCCCCAAACCUCCGGACAGCUGAGAUGGCUCCUGCCCUGAGCCCCGACACCCUCAGCAUUUCCCAGCAGAGGACCGUGCAGUCAGCGCUGCAGUUUGUGAUGACCCUGGGCCUCUGUCCGUACCUCUUGCCAGGCGUCGGAGUGCCCCUGCAGCACCGGACGGAGUUCAGUGCCGUCGUCCGAGAUGCGGUGUCGCUUGAUGCUGCCCCCAGCGCCAUGCUGCGGCUCUAUGCCAGCUGUACAGUGCUGCUGGAGGUGGCCCAGCACCCGUCCUUGGGCAACCUCCUCCUUACCCGCCAUCUCGGGGACCUCCUCGCAGGUCUGUGCCAACUGGGGUUCGGCCCAACCAAGGGGAAGGGCGAGGAAGCAAGGCCACCGGAGGAGCCCAAGGGCCUUACAGAAGAGAAGCGAACCCACUGCAGAAAGGCCUUGCAGAGCAUCUUGGAUCGAGUCUACCAACCCCUUGUUGUUCGGGAGCUGCUCAUUCUUCAGGGUGGAUCCAGACAGAGCCUGCGCUCCCCUGGAAAGGAGGCACAGCGGCCCCAGGCCCCUGCCUGGCUUCGGCGCCUCUGUGGACAGCUACUCUCAGAGAGGCUGAUGAGACCCAGUGGGGUUCAGGCUGUGGUUCGAGGCAUCCUGGAAGGAGCAGGCACUGGGGCCGCAGGUGGCAGCAAUGCUGAAGCCGCAGCUGCAGACUGGAGGAAAUGUGACAUGAUUGCCAGGAUCUUGGCUUCUUGUCCCCAGCAGUCCCUGUCCCUGGAGGAUUACUACAGGCAGGUGUGCCCUCAGAUUCUAGACUUGCUGCACAUUCGGGAAAAACUGACAGCUCGCCAGUUCCAGAGAGUUGCCACCACUACCCUUCUCACCAUGGUGAGGGAGCACCCUCAGCUAGCAGAGCAGUACCUGCUCCGGCCCAUGCUAGAGCCCCUUCUCCGAUGCUCCGAUAGAGCAGAAAUGGCAGUGGAAAACUUACCUGCAGGGACCGUAUUGGUGAAAGAGGCAGAGCUCAGCAGGUGUGUGGAAGAUGUGUUCAAGGUGUACGUGGUUGGAAACGAAUCCUCUGGCACGUUGCUGGAGUCCUUGCAGCCGACGUUGGGAGUGGUUUUCACUCUGUACUGUUUCACCAAGCAGAAUGUGUCUUAUUUGCGCUCUGCUUGCCAAGAGAUCCUGCUGUGGUUCUUGGAGAAGUCUGAGAUGGAGGUGGCCUUUUCCACACUGGAAGCAUUUGCCGGACUGAAUACUGCCAUGCAUUCUCUCCACCCGCACUGCCAGUUUGGCGUAGCCAGUGAAGGUGGUGCCCUGAUCGCAGUCAGAGAGACCGUCAGUGACGAGGAUGAAGUGCUCUACCAGAAGCUGUCCUGGGAGCAGUGGCAGCUGGAAACCUUGGUGGACCUGCUGUCUCACUGCCAGAAGAGCGGCUUAGCGGGAGACUUCUUCCUCCGCUGCUUACAGGAGCUGACUUGCAUGGCUGCGGAGGAUAAGACUGGUCUGGACCCUACUCUCUCCUGUGAGAGCCUCCUGGACCUGGAGCAGCACCGUGAGCAGCUCCUCAUGGGGCAGAAGAAGCAGCUGCUCAUCCUGCAGCUGGUGGCCAUGCUGUGCGAGAGCAUCUCGGACACCGUGUUCACGGAUGUGGUGCAGGUGGUGCAGUUCGUGGCUGUGACGCUGCAGCGGGCAUGUGCAAGCCUUGCCCAGGAUUCUGCGGGUGCUGUGGAGGCGCAGACGCUGAGCAUGGCGAUGGGGUUGGUGGCUGCCAUGUUGGGUGGGGCCAUGCAGCUCAGGUCGAGCGACUUUGCUGUCCUGCAGCAGCUGGUGCCCCUUCUGGAGCAGGUCUCCUGUAUCCACCCUGAGCCGGUCAUCCAGGAGCUCGCUGCUGACCUGCGCAUCACAAUCUGCACUCACGGAGCCUUCUCCACCCACACGCUCGGUGCGGCUGCCCAGAGCGCCCUGGGGAAGAAGCCAGGACUGAGCAGGAUGAGAGAAGCGACCUGCACAGGCCUUGCAGAAAGCCCUGAUGGCCAAACAGCUGGGACUAGCACCGGGCAGCCAUGCAGCAGUCCAGAUCCUAGCCACGCACGCAGCAGCAUGUCUGCUACCCCCAGUCCCAAAGAGCAGACCAAGGAAUGCAGUUUGGGGGGAGAGCGUCCUGCUGAGAGCCCUGGGGCAGGCCACAGCACCCGUGGACAGACCCCACAACAGCUGCAGGAGCUCCUUUUUGCCGCCUAUGACCCUGAUGUCCCAGCACGGGCAGCUGCCCUGCGGAGCCUGUCCCGCCUCAUAGCACAGAGGGAUCCAGAGACCCUUAAGAUACAGGAGAAACUCCUCCAGGUUUUCCUGGAGAACAUGGAGCACGAGGAUGCCUUCGUGUACCUCUCUGCCAUCCAAGGUGUUGCCCUCCUGUCCGACAUGCAUCCAGAGACAGUCCUGCCCAGCCUGCUGGCCCAGUAUGGGGGCACGCCACAGGGUACCACAGGGACCCGGACCGUCGAGACCCAGAUGAAAAUCGGGGAGGUGCUGAUGCGAGCAACCCGGGCGCUGGGGGACAUGGUGUCCAAGUACAGGGAUCCUUUGAUUCAUGCCUUCCUGAGGGGAGCGCGAGACCCAGACAGCUCCGUGCGGGCCAGCAGUCUGUCCAACAUGGGGGAGCUGUGUCAGAGACUCCAGUUCCAGCUGGGCUCCGUGAUGCACGAGGUGACCUCCUGUCUGACGGCCAUUGCCAGGACGGACCGUGAGGCCGAGGUGCGCCGAGCUGCCGUCCAUGUGGUCGUGCUGCUGCUGCGGGGGCUCAGCGAGAGAGCUACUGAGGUUCUCAGGGACGUGCUGCGGGACCUCUACCGCCUGCUCAAGUGGGUGGUGGCGUCCGAGCGCGACCAGGUCACCGUGCUCCACGCGCAGCUGGCCCUGGAGGAGCUGGACGACAUCAUGCGGCGGUUCCUGUUCCCGCCGCAGACCCUGGAGAAGAAGAUCGUGGUCCUGCCUUAGGCGGGCUUGCGGAGCAAGUUCCCUGCCCAGGCUUCGGGCUCCUGUGCGCCAGCCUGGGCUGGGAGGGCCCAGCAGCCGAGCCCCACCACCCCUGCUGCCUCCGGAUUUGCUGGGAAUGUUUAACCCUCCGCCAGGACGUGCCGAGCGUCUUGCCCACGCGUCCAUCCCCCUGACCUGGGCCCCUGCCAGCCUGCCCCAGCCACGACGUGGAAGCUGCCGGGCACCGAGGGAGGGCUCCCUGCCAGGGCAGCACAGCAGGCGCGGAGCCUGGGAGCGCCGUGCGGGGGCACCCCCGUGGCAUGGCAACGGCAGCCUGGCUCGGGAAGCAGAGACCGCUGGG